AUGGUGGGAGAUUCAAAAGUGAAGGUUCCAAUGACAUUCAGAACGAAACUAACACCAUCUAUGGACAAGCUAACUACUGAUAUGACUCUCUAUUGUCAAAUGAUAAGUUCAUUGAUGUAUCUGACUACUAGUCGUCAAUAUAUUAAGUUUUCUGUUUGCUAUUGUGCCAGGUUUCAAGCGAAUCCUCGCGAACCCCACAUGACAGAUGUUAAGAAUAUCUUCAGGUAUCUCAAGCGAACAUCCUCAUUAGGAAUAUGGUACCCUUCGAGUUCAGGUUUCUUUGUGCAAGCGUUUUCAGAUGCUGAUCUUGGAAGUUGUGGUCUUGAUAGAAAGAGUACAAUGGGAGGAUUCCAAUUUCCUAAAGUUAAAAUCAUGAGUUGGCAAUGUAAAAAGCAAACUUGCGUCUCACUAUCAAUUGUUGAAGGAGAGUACAUAGCCACUACAUCUUGCACUACACAAGUAAUAUGGAUUCAAAGUCAGCUUCGUGACUAUGCAUCAACAUGA